GACUCGGAAACGGAGGAUAAUGUCAUUGUAAAAUGGAGGAAUGACAAUGGAAUAUUUUUUCCCAGUGACGUGGAGAUACCUCAGUACGAUUUAAGCAAAGUAAAAGCCAAAAAUAACAGAGGAGUCUAUACCACAGGUUAGCUUGGUUCAGUUUCUUACGCUGCCCUAGUUAUCUUUAGUUAUUAUUUCGCUUUUAUUUUAUUUCCUUAUAGUUACUUCCUGGACAAGAAAGCACACAGAGAGGUGAAGGUCGAGAUUCUUAGGGUUCAGAAAAAAAUCGAUUAGAAAUUUAGGAAUUUCCAAGAUACGAGUUAUUUUAAGAAAAAAGAAAAAUAUGACUUUAGUCCAAAACUGAAGAUGAUAUCAACUGCGGAAAUACAAUGCAAAUCUAAGUGAGAAUACAACCAUCUUAGUUGUAAUCGCAAUUUAAGCAAUAGACCUGUAUAAUUUGUACGUUAUAUUUUCCCAGUUCGAACCACGGGAUGUUUCUCUAAGGAAUUUUCCUUUUGUUUUUCAUUAGUUGCGCACGCAUCUACCCGUGCACAACGCGACUUUUGAAAGAAACAAUCAUCACAUGGUCUGAAAAGGGAAAACAAAACAUACAAGCAAAAGAGGUCUAUUUCAAAUUAAGAGCCCCCGGCCCCCCGUCAAAAAAAAAUUGAACCAAUGGCCUCCGUGGAGGCCAUAGAUCUUUCCAAAAUACGUCAAUAACGCUGUCAUAAAUUUGUUUCAACUUCACGAACAUAUCGAGGCGGCUAUUGAAGGAAAAAGCUCCCGUGAACGAUUUUGGAAGAACAGCUCCCAGCGCCAAGAAAUGUGUCUGCAAGUAAAAUAGGUAAUGGCCUCAUUUCGUUGCUAUAACAAUUCCGAUGUCAUUGUAACACUGAACAAAACAAAUUUUCAUCUUCAUCUAAUACAGCUGUGUACAGCUAUGUCUUUGUUAAUGGCGACGUAGUUUAUGCUCAAACUUGGGAGGUAUUGACCCUGAAAAACCCUAUCGAGCCAUCUUAACCCCCCUUCCACACACAAAAGAAAAUCUGGGGAGGACUGUUUGGUUCAAAGACAUUCAGUCUUUGUUUUAUGUUCUUUUUAGGUGCUUUCUCUGAGCCAGAUGCCACGUUCAUCUUCAAAAGACGCCUUAUGUUCUACGUAUACGGCUUUUAUUUACCGGUUACUUUGGUUGUCCUUCUUAGUUGGGUCUCCUUCUGGAUUGAUCCGGAAUCCACCCCCGCCCGGGUCUCCCUGGGAGUCAUAACCAUUCUCGCCAUGGGAAACUUUCUUCAUGGGGGCGGUGCUACUCCAAGUGUGUCAUACGCCACUGCUCUCGAUGUUUAUAUUAUCACAUGCUUUGUGUUCGUUUUUGCCAGUUUGUUGGAGUAUGCCGCUGUACACUGCGCUAUUAACAAAUAUCAAGAUGUUACUAUGAAUGAGGUAGGUGCUAGUUGCACCGUAGACAGGCUUUUAUAUUAAUCGAGGAAAAUAGCUAUAGACGUCGCGAAAAAGGUUGAGAGGGUAUGCCUCCACGCUCCCCCCUUCAAAAAUCGACACCAUUAAACCCUAUACCAAGUGUACAAAAUUUAGGGGACGAAAGAGAGGGUUAGAUAUAUGGAGGAUAUUACACGGCGGCGCGAAGAUAUGCACUUUUGCUUUUCACCACGAAAAAAUAAAAUUUCAUAGCGGAGCUUCCGCGAACGGGCAGCCCCAUACCUCAGAGAAAAUGGGAACCCACCGAUGCCAGAAAAUGUGGUUAUAACGUCUCCGUGCGGACGCUGAGGGAGGGAGGGAGUCAGGAGUUAGCCUGUCGGGGGGAGAAAUAUGUUAUAGCGUAAGUACCAGCGCGUUUCGGCAGUAAAUUGCACAGCCACUCGGACAUUUAGAGAUAAAACAACAACAACAAAGCCGAUUCUUUCUUUCCACUUAAUUUUAAUGUCUACACUGAUAACAGAAAGAGCUGGAGCGAGAGACAACAAACAAAGGAGACUAAUUACGUUGGAAGAAUAACAGGAGACUUUUAUAGCGGUGGUGAGAAAAUGAGAAGUGCUAAAGCCCACCAUGGUGAAAAUGAGUGCCAUGGAAAAAUAAAACGUUAACAGGAGGAACACAAUACAACAUUUCCUCCAUAAAACGUGUAACUAGAAUGUUUCUGGAAGUUUCACGUUGUAGCCAUGCAAAACAACGGCAAACGCCUCGGCACACGCCCACCAAAACUAUAUAGCCCAACACUAUAAAUGAACUUAAUACAAAUACCAAGGGGGCCAGUUCUUGCUCAGAUAACAUGUUUCAUUGUUAUUAUUAUUUUUUUCAAGAUGCAGCUGGAACUCAUUCACUUCAUUCUUAUCUAUACUCGUGAGACUAGGUGACUGUUUUUCGUUCGCAGGGGCUAAGCUAGCCGUAUCUGUAGAACGAAACGCAUGUGCAUACCUGAAAAAGUAGUAACGGAUAAAUGAAAAACAUGUUAGAAAAACAAAGAAAGGGAGAUGAUGAAAACAACAUGAAUUUUGAAACUCAGAGCCGGCAUGAUUAACUACAUCGCUGAUGAAGCUCGAGCGAUUUCGAACGAAAUAUUCCAAUGGUUUUGAACUUUUUUGCUCUGAUUUUUGGAAUUUGUUGUUCUAUUUUGUCUUCCCCAGAGCAGAAGAACACCCGUUUCGGUAAAGGAACAGACACCAUUUUUCACUGAUUCCUUUUUUACCCUGAUUACCAAAGUAAUGGAGAUCCAUUAUCAUUGUAGCGAAAAUGUCACCGAAAAAGCAAACUCGAGCUGUUUCAAACUACAUGAUCAUUCCAUUUAGACUAAUUUGUCAACGAAUGAGGAGCAAACUUUGCUGGAGUGGAAUUCUUUAGGACCGUAGUCAAGGUCAGAAAUAAGCGGCCUUAAAUUUUAUGUCCUCCAUCAGUACAAAGAGCAAUUAGGAAAUUUCACGUCGUAGUCGUGCAUUGACAGAAAAAAAAAUGUACUAAAAAGUGUUAUGCACGUGCAGUAGUUGUUGUUUUGCUUAUCAAACCUACUGCUUUAUUUUUGGAGGUUCCCGUCGCCGUCCCCAUUGUGGAUUCAGAUAUAAAAGGCAUUAAAUAUCGCCCGGCCGGACGGGCGAGUUAGCCUAGCUAGGGGUAUACCUAGAAAUUUUGGAGAAGUACAGACAGUAUUCCAAAUCAACCCUGCUAACCAGUCUCUUAAAUGGUUUUCACGCAGGUCACUCAAUUACAUUUCCUUUCAUAUCGGUACGAUGAGAUGGUCGUAGGUUAUUUAGUAAGCAGUUGCGCCCUUCCCGUGCGGCAAAAUCGGGGAAAACACCACUAUUUGUUUGAAAAAAUCGUCCGAAAGAAGUUAAAAAGAAUUCUUUCGCUUAAACGCCUACGCUGCAAUUUUUUUUUGCGGGCCUGUCUUAAGCGACAAACAAUUUAUUUAUCUCUUCUUGCAGUUUUUGGUCUGUACCUAUGUUAAAACAAAACACGUUAUAAUAGGAAAUUAACGCUCCAUGAAAUUGAGGUAUUAGAGAGUUUUAGAUCCGAGUUUACCGCGAACCUCUAACCGCUGGAGGUCACGUGACAAGUCUUUCGCGUCACGUUUGAGGUUUACGACGUGCGUUUUCAACGUGGGGAGAUAGAUUUUCACGUAUGUCAUUUACCUGAAAGAUUUUAGAGUAUAAAUCUUGUUUUAUCCCACGUAAUGAUACAAAAAUCUUGUUUAUAGUUACUUCCUGGACAAGAAAGCACACAGAGAGGUGAAGGUCGAGAUUCUUAGGGUUCAGAAAAAAAUCGAUUAGAAAUUUAGGAAUUUCCAAGAUACGAGUUAUUUUAAGAAAAAAGAAAAAUAUGACUUUAGUCCAAAACUGAAGAUGAUAUCAACUGCGGAAAUACAAUGCAAAUCUAAGUGAGAAUACAACCAUCUUAGUUGUAAUCGCAAUUUAAGCAAUAGACCUGUAUAAUUUGUACGUUAUAUUUUCCCAGUUCGAACCACGGGAUGUUUCUCUAAGGAAUUUUCCUUUUGUUUUUCAUUAGUUGCGCACGCAUCUACCCGUGCACAACGCGACUUUUGAAAGAAACAAUCAUCACAUGGUCUGAAAAGGGAAAACAAAACAUACAAGCAAAAGAGGUCUAUUUCAAAUUAAGAGCCCCCGGCCCCCCGUCAAAAAAAAAUUGAACCAAUGGCCUCCGUGGAGGCCAUAGAUCUUUCCAAAAUACGUCAAUAACGCUGUCAUAAAUUUGUUUCAACUUCACGAACAUAUCGAGGCGGCUAUUGAAGGAAAAAGCUCCCGUGAACGAUUUUGGAAGAACAGCUCCCAGCGCCAAGAAAUGUGUCUGCAAGUAAAAUAGGUAAUGGCCUCAUUUCGUUGCUAUAACAAUUCCGAUGUCAUUGUAACACUGAACAAAACAAAUUUUCAUCUUCAUCUAAUACAGCUGUGUACAGCUAUGUCUUUGUUAAUGGCGACGUAGUUUAUGCUCAAACUUGGGAGGUAUUGACCCUGAAAAACCCUAUCGAGCCAUCUUAACCCCCCUUCCACACACAAAAGAAAAUCUGGGGAGGACUGUUUGGUUCAAAGACAUUCAGUCUUUGUUUUAUGUUCUUUUUAGGUGCUUUCUCUGAGCCAGAUGCCACGUUCAUCUUCAAAAGACGCCUUAUGUUCUACGUAUACGGCUUUUAUUUACCGGUUACUUUGGUUGUCCUUCUUAGUUGGGUCUCCUUCUGGAUUGAUCCGGAAUCCACCCCCGCCCGGGUCUCCCUGGGAGUCAUAACCAUUCUCGCCAUGGGAAACUUUCUUCAUGGGGGCGGUGCUACUCCAAGUGUGUCAUACGCCACUGCUCUCGAUGUUUAUAUUAUCACAUGCUUUGUGUUCGUUUUUGCCAGUUUGUUGGAGUAUGCCGCUGUACACUGCGCUAUUAACAAAUAUCAAGAUGUUACUAUGAAUGAGGUAGGUGCUAGUUGCACCGUAGACAGGCUUUUAUAUUAAUCGAGGAAAAUAGCUAUAGACGUCGCGAAAAAGGUUGAGAGGGUAUGCCUCCACGCUCCCCCCUUCAAAAAUCGACACCAUUAAACCCUAUACCAAGUGUACAAAAUUUAGGGGACGAAAGAGAGGGUUAGAUAUAUGGAGGAUAUUACACGGCGGCGCGAAGAUAUGCACUUUUGCUUUUCACCACGAAAAAAUAAAAUUUCAUAGCGGAGCUUCCGCGAACGGGCAGCCCCAUACCUCAGAGAAAAUGGGAACCCACCGAUGCCAGAAAAUGUGGUUAUAACGUCUCCGUGCGGACGCUGAGGGAGGGAGGGAGUCAGGAGUUAGCCUGUCGGGGGGAGAAAUAUGUUAUAGCGUAAGUACCAGCGCGUUUCGGCAGUAAAUUGCACAGCCACUCGGACAUUUAGAGAUAAAACAACAACAACAAAGCCGAUUCUUUCUUUCCACUUAAUUUUAAUGUCUACACUGAUAACAGAAAGAGCUGGAGCGAGAGACAACAAACAAAGGAGACUAAUUACGUUGGAAGAAUAACAGGAGACUUUUAUAGCGGUGGUGAGAAAAUGAGAAGUGCUAAAGCCCACCAUGGUGAAAAUGAGUGCCAUGGAAAAAUAAAACGUUAACAGGAGGAACACAAUACAACAUUUCCUCCAUAAAACGUGUAACUAGAAUGUUUCUGGAAGUUUCACGUUGUAGCCAUGCAAAACAACGGCAAACGCCUCGGCACACGCCCACCAAAACUAUAUAGCCCAACACUAUAAAUGAACUUAAUACAAAUACCAAGGGGGCCAGUUCUUGCUCAGAUAACAUGUUUCAUUGUUAUUAUUAUUUUUUUCAAGAUGCAGCUGGAACUCAUUCACUUCAUUCUUAUCUAUACUCGUGAGACUAGGUGACUGUUUUUCGUUCGCAGGGGCUAAGCUAGCCGUAUCUGUAGAACGAAACGCAUGUGCAUACCUGAAAAAGUAGUAACGGAUAAAUGAAAAACAUGUUAGAAAAACAAAGAAAGGGAGAUGAUGAAAACAACAUGAAUUUUGAAACUCAGAGCCGGCAUGAUUAACUACAUCGCUGAUGAAGCUCGAGCGAUUUCGAACGAAAUAUUCCAAUGGUUUUGAACUUUUUUGCUCUGAUUUUUGGAAUUUGUUGUUCUAUUUUGUCUUCCCCAGAGCAGAAGAACACCCGUUUCGGUAAAGGAACAGACACCAUUUUUCACUGAUUCCUUUUUUACCCUGAUUACCAAAGUAAUGGAGAUCCAUUAUCAUUGUAGCGAAAAUGUCACCGAAAAAGCAAACUCGAGCUGUUUCAAACUACAUGAUCAUUCCAUUUAGACUAAUUUGUCAACGAAUGAGGAGCAAACUUUGCUGGAGUGGAAUUCUUUAGGACCGUAGUCAAGGUCAGAAAUAAGCGGCCUUAAAUUUUAUGUCCUCCAUCAGUACAAAGAGCAAUUAGGAAAUUUCACGUCGUAGUCGUGCAUUGACAGAAAAAAAAAUGUACUAAAAAGUGUUAUGCACGUGCAGUAGUUGUUGUUUUGCUUAUCAAACCUACUGCUUUAUUUUUGGAGGUUCCCGUCGCCGUCCCCAUUGUGGAUUCAGAUAUAAAAGGCAUUAAAUAUCGCCCGGCCGGACGGGCGAGUUAGCCUAGCUAGGGGUAUACCUAGAAAUUUUGGAGAAGUACAGACAGUAUUCCAAAUCAACCCUGCUAACCAGUCUCUUAAAUGGUUUUCACGCAGGUCACUCAAUUACAUUUCCUUUCAUAUCGGUACGAUGAGAUGGUCGUAGGUUAUUUAGUAAGCAGUUGCGCCCUUCCCGUGCGGCAAAAUCGGGGAAAACACCACUAUUUGUUUGAAAAAAUCGUCCGAAAGAAGUUAAAAAGAAUUCUUUCGCUUAAACGCCUACGCUGCAAUUUUUUUUUGCGGGCCUGUCUUAAGCGACAAACAAUUUAUUUAUCUCUUCUUGCAGUUUUUGGUCUGUACCUAUGUUAAAACAAAACACGUUAUAAUAGGAAAUUAACGCUCCAUGAAAUUGAGGUAAUAGAGAGUUUUAGAUCCGAGUUUACCGCGAACCUCUAACCGCUGGAGGUCACGUGACAAGUCUUUCGCGUCACGUUUGAGGUUUACGACGUGCGUUUUCAACGUGGGGAGAUAGAUUUUCACGUAUGUCAUUUACCUGAAAGAUUUUAGAGUAUAAAUCUUGUUUUAUCCCACGUAAUGAUACAAAAAUCUUGUGGAGCAAGUCUUUAUCCAUUAACAAAGGCACAAAUACGGGCGAAAUGCUAAAUUUGAUAAAUUCUAUUGGAUCUUGAAAACAAGUGCCAUUCAUGGCUGCUGGUUCAAAAUGGCGGCCGUAAAAUUGCAAGAAGAACUAAUAUAAGAAUUUACAGCUCUUUGCUGCUAGAUAACCCAGUGUUACCGUAAAUUUCUUUUAUUUUCACUGAUUGAUUUUUCUUCUAUUUCUAAGUAGAAAAAUAAACCAGAAUCCACUUCUUUAAUCCACCACCAAUCUAAAUCGAAUUAUGUUUGAACGUUGAACCGCAAACGGGUAACGGCAAACCGCGGUUAGAGGUUCGCGGUAAACUCGGAUCUAAAACUCUCUAUUGGAAAUUAACGCGAACUUAGUGGGAAACGACUUCAUUAUAUAGGAACUUUGACGCAAAAGAAAGGGGAACAUUUUAAACUGAAGGACUUAACAAGACGUUUACCAGGAAGUGAAAGAAGGAAAACUUGUUGAAACAACAGGAACAGAGGUUAACGUAUAAUCUGAAAUGGAAACUUUUGUUUGUGGUUCUUUAGCCUGCGUAGCAAGCGUUUUCGCGCAAUAACUCGAUUGGAAACGCUUGCUACGCAGGCUAGUGGUUCUUUUUUCGAAGGGGUUCAAGCGAAGAAAUCUGGCGACUUUUUUUGAAAUUCGCGUUAAUUUCAUGAAGUGUUUAUUUCCCUGAUCUCCUAUAAUUUUAAGAGCAUAGGGAGGGAAUAGUAGUUCAUUUUUAUUAACAUAAUAGUUAUAGCGGAGCUCUCGCACGCGCGAAGCGGAGCACCAUUGGUAAGAAAAUUUGGUUAUCUACGCAUCCCAUAAACUUUUGUAGCAACUUGUAGUCACGUGACUGUGAGAACGUCCGUCCGCACCAUAGGCAUACCAAUGUAAAAUAACUCGCACAAGAGGUAUGGCAAUCCAAAAACUCAAGGUUUUUUCGGCAGGAAAUCGCAUGGCUACCCGUUGUGAAGCAGAGACAAUUAGACAAAACGGAAAGUGGAAAUUGUUUCUGUAUCCGUGUUGCCUAAAGUAAUAUAUAGAUUUAGUCAGGGCUAAAAGCGAAGCUCUGGUUAAUAAUACUUGUAAACAAAAAAAAUUAAAUCUUGAAAUGCUAAACGGGGAGGGCAAUGAAAAUGGCAUCAAGAUCAAUAGAUCUAAUUUGCAAAAAAAACGAAUUGCACGUGCAGCACACUUUUUUUUCUAAUUAGCAAAAAAAACAAAUUUGCACGUGCAAGCACGCUUUUUGUCUUUUUUUGCGUUGUUUUGCACAAUUACAACGCUGUUUUGUAGGACUAAAACGCCAAACUUCCUAGUUACACAUUAUUUUUAUGGAGGAAUUGUCGUAUGUGCUAACCCAGUAUUUUGUCUCCUGUGUUCUUCUCUUUUAUUUUUCACUGCCGCUCAUUUUCACCUUGCUGGUCGCUAGCGUUUCUCAUUGUCUCACAGCCGCUUUGAAUUUUCAUGUUUUUCUUCCUACAAAAUUCGUCUCUUUUGUUUUCAAUCACUCGCUCUAGCUCUUUCUCUCAAGUAACGUCGAAAAAGACACGACUUUUUUCUUGUUUCUUCUUUCUAAAAGUCCGGGCGGCCAUGCGAUUUCUUUCCAAAUAAAACCUUGAGUUGCAUUUUGGUUGCCAUACCUGUUGAUUGAAUUAUUUUACAUUGAUAUGCCUGUGGUGCGAACGGACGGUCGGGCGGACGGACGGUCGGUGUACGGUCACGUGAUUACCAAAUUUUCUCGGAUGGGUAGUUUACCUCGCGAGAGCUCCGCUAUUAAGCUUAGAUUAAUUGUCAUGUUCACAAAUUUGGAGAAGAAAGACAGAGAAAGACAGAGAAAAUGAGAAAGUAGGCGAAGCGGGCUAGCGAAGCUCAAAGAGAAUAAGAGCGACAGAGAGCUAAAACGAGAGAUGAAAAAAUAAAGGUGACGAAUUUCGUUGGAAGAAAAACAUGAAAAUUUUAAAACGGCGUUGAGAAAACGAGAAAUGCUAGCGGUCAGCAAGUUAAAAAUGAGCGGCAGUAAAAAUAAAAGGCGAAUAGGAACACAAGCAUCAACAUCUUUUAGGAGCACAUAUGACAUUUUCUCUGAAAACGUGUUACCAGCAAGUUUCACGUUGCAACAACAGGGAAAAGAAAUUUCCAAACAAGUGCGCUGCAUGUGCAAAGUUUUUUUUUUUUUUUGGCUAAUUAGACCUAUCGAUCUUUUUUUGCCGUUCUCGUUGCCGUAGUCGUUUAGCACCACACGAUCUUAUUUUUUUAGUGUAUUAACGACACCUUCGCUUUUAUCCCUGGCUAAAUCUAUAUAUUUAUUACAUAGAAUGUCAUUUUACAUUGUACUCGCAUCUUAUCAGAUCUGUCUUCUCACUGGCUAAGAAACUAACUAGACUGUCUGAGCUCCCUAUUAGAGUUUAACUCAAUAGUGAUAUUACAAGGAGAAAUGAGAUGUUGAUCAUUUUUUUAGAAGGGCUUACAGAAACAUAAGGGUUAAUGAUAUGUUCUGUUGUUAACCCCACAGCCUUGUAGCUUGGUAAAAUUUUCAGAGCCAAUGAGAUCU